UCUUCACAACGGCGUUUCUCCUCACACAGCAUGGAUAACAGCUCUAAAAAAACUCUUUAAACUUACGGAGCUAUACUUAAACGCCUUUUCGGAGAAAUUUGUUGGCAGCAUUAACGGGCAACUUGCAAGAAGCCCCCAUGAUCGCCGGGGCCAACAUGUCCGAUAACGCGGGGUCUCCCAACAGCAAUAAUAAUAAUUUACCAUCUUUUGGUUUCACUCAAGAGCAAGUAGCGUGUGUAUGCGAAGUAUUGCAGCAAUCCGGCAACAUCGAACGACUGGGCAGAUUUUUAUGGUCUUUGCCGGCUUGUGAGCAGCUGCAGAAGAAUGAGAGCGUUUUAAAAGCCAAGGCGCUGGUUGCCUUUCAUAGAGGGAAUUUCAAAGAAUUGUAUAGGAUUCUAGAGAGUCAUUCUUUUACCCCUAAUUCUCACCCAAAAUUACAGAGUCUAUGGUUGAAGGCCCACUACAUUGAAGCAGAGAGACUGAGGGGCCGACCCCUGGGCGCUGUAGGCAAGUAUCGUAUUAGGAGAAAGUUUCCUCUACCCAGGACUAUUUGGGACGGAGAAGAAACUAGCUAUUGUUUCAAGGAAAAAUCAAGGAAUAUUCUACGAGAAUGGUAUCACCACAACCCUUAUCCUUCACCCCGGGAAAAACGGGACUUGGCAGACGCAACGGGACUGACGACCACGCAGGUCAGCAACUGGUUUAAAAAUCGGCGGCAGAGAGAUCGAGCGGCGGAGGCUAAAGAUAGGGAUAUUUUAGGAGGUGAUCGGUGUAAAGGUAGUGGCAUGGGUAGCGGAGAUUCAUCCAAUGAAGAUGGAGACUCCAGUAGUCGGAAAUCUCCGGAUGACUCCCUCUAUCCUUUGGAUAUAAAGUCCGAAUCUCACCAUUCCUCCAGAAUUGAAGAUCAAGCAACUGCAAGCCAUCAUCAACAACUUCCCGGCCAACAACAACAACAGUUCCGUUUCUCCAAUGUUUUGGACGCUAUGCCUCACCAUAUUACUUCAUCCGCUAUGAGUGACUUAGAAUUACGUAUGGUUGCUGAUUAUCAGAGUUUAUGACAACACUGUUCAACUGCUAAUGAUUGCACACAUAGUGAGUGAAGGCCGUGGUUUAUUAAGAAUAGAUAGAAAUGAAAAUGAAUGGAUAUGUACAUAAAUUUUCCAAAGUGCAGUUUGUUUUGAGCGAAUUUGUAUUUUGACUCUGUAUAGGCAGCCAAGGCGUAUCCCUUUUUGCUUUCAUUAAUUAAAUUUAAUUUUAAUAAUAGCAAUUAUUUUCAUUUAGGAAACUUCCUGAAAAGCCUGGAGUUAGAAAAAAAGAAAAAAAUCUUUGGUGACUUUACUUGUGAAUCCCCUUGAAAGACAUCCAGCGCAUACUUGAAAAUAUUUGAGGCUUUUCUAUUAUAAAAAUUUAUUACUAUUACGAAUUUCGAGCAAAGGAUAAUGUUAACAUUCAGGUGCAUUAUCGAUAGUUACUGAUUUACAAAUAACGUUUAAAAUGUUGAUUUCAUCGUGUAAGUUAAUUCUUCUAGUACAAGAAUCUCUUUUUAUAAAUGCUUGCGACACUAACUGCCUAAUAUUAGCAACCAAUGAAUUUGUAUGGCAAGAGACUAAAUAUUUCGUAAACUGAAGUAUUAAUGGAGCAUAAUUUUGUGUAAACGAAAAAAAAAAGGGAAUUUCAGUUGAAUGUCUGUUUGAAAUAAACUUACACAGACAAACAGGGGACACGUAAUAGUGGAUUUUGUCCGAGAUAAAUGUGAUAACUGGACUCCUCAUAAUGCUUAAAUUUUGUGAUAUUUCCGUUCUGUAAGCAUAAGUUCUAACUGAUAUCAGUCAUGUUUUGUCAAAUUUGUGUGCAGCCAUCCGAAGUGGGUAGAAUAUUGAGAUUACAAAAUGUACAUUUGGACAUAUGUGUAAAAAAGUAAUUACUUAGAUGUAUAUCAGUGUGUUCAUUCAGAUUUGAAGACUGUAAUUUAAAAAUAAAUUAAACGGUAUUCAUGAUUUA